GAAGCUUUUCCAUUGUCCAGUGGCAUUGGGCAUCUGAUCCGAAAUUCAAUCGGAGUGCAAGCCUGCUUUUGCAUUGCAUUGGAAGACACAUCAAAACAAAAAAAAGCCAAUUGGGAUCCCACUGAAUCUCUCGCUCUCGACCAUGUCUAAACCGGGCACACCACAACUUGCUGCUGCCAAAAACGCUGCAGCAGAGCCCCUUCCCGCUGCCUCGGCGAGCGGCGGUAGUGGCGCGGGCAGCCAAAAUGUAAUCUCGGCGGAAGAGUUUGCCGUCCAGCAAGACAACCAGCAAAAGGCCAUCCUCGAGCUGGUCGCCAUCAACCGAGAGGCGGAGACGCUCUCAGGCAAAAAGAAGCUGAACAAGAAGGAGACUGCCCGUCUCAACUUUCUGAUUGAGCGCAAAAUCACCUUGCUCGAAAUCAUGUCGCGGUUUGAUUCGCUGCAAACGUCGUCCGUCAAGCGCGACACCAAACCCCUCCCGAUCGGCAACGACGGCACGCGAGGCGCUACCCAGCUCAAGCCGCGCCCGCCAGCUCCUCCCAAAGAAGAGCCACCAGCUCCAGAGCCCGAGCCACCAGCAGCCGAAUCGGAGGAGGAGGAAGAAGACGCAAAGGAAGUCAAUCCCUUUGAGGCGAAUCAGGACGAUAACGAUCUGGGCGAUGUCCGCUACCGCGGCGUCUUCCCCGACAACCGACCAAAGCGAUCGAUUUACGAGAGCGCGCCUCCUGUUCCAGCGCGUCGUCCUGCUCCGGGCAACAACAGCAACCACAGCGAUGCGGAAGACCACUCCUCAGACAACGACACCACGAAAGACGAUGAAGAGGAAGACGACCAGCACGACGAGGACGGCUCGCCAUUCAGUCGUCAAGAAAGCCCUCGCACCGCUACACGCACGCCGCCGCCGCCCAAGCCCAGGCGAUCAGCCUCUGAUGCCGGCGAUCUGUCGGAUGGCGAAUCCAAGGGUGCUCACGAUCACGGAGAUGACGAUGACGAGCAGGAUGACGAUGACGAAGGCAGCCUUGCUGUCAGCCCCGUCUCGCGCGUUCCGCCGACCAAACCCAGCCGUCUGUCGUCUGCAGCUGCUCGCGCUGCCAUUGCACGAGGAUCGCAAAUGUCGCCGACGUUUGUUGAGAGCGAUGACCUGCCUGCAGCCUCGUCCGCCACCAGCACUCCGGCUCGUCAUGGCAAGAGCCCGUUCGCCGACUUGAGCGAUAGCGACGACGACACCAAGUCCUCCCCCGUCAAGGCGGCCCAGAAGAGCGCCUCGAGCGGCAGUGAAGGGUCGAGCGACGACGACAACGACGACGACGACGACGAUAACGACGACGACGAUGACGACGACGACGACGACGACGACGACGAUGAGAACGAGGACGAGGAAGCGGAAGAGGGUGAAUCCGAAGCUGAUCGGCUGGCUCGUGAGGCCGCCGAGCGCGAAGAGGAGGAAGCCCGCCUUGCUCACGAGGAGGAGGAACGUCGCGCCAAGGAAGAGUUUGACCGCAAGGCUCGCGAGAAGGCCGAGAAGAAGGCCAAGGAAGAAGCCGCUGCUCUCCGUGCCAAGGAGGAGGCUGCUCGCAUGGCGGCACAGGCCAAGGAGGCUGCGGAGCGCAGGGCCAAGGCCGAGGCUGAGAAAAAAGCCAAGGAGGAAGCUGACAAGAAGGCCAAGGAGGAGGCUGACAAGAAGGCCAAGGAGGAGGCUGACAAGAAGGCCAAAGCUGAAGCCGAGAAGAAGGCCAAGGAAGAAGCCGACCGCAAGGCCAAGGAAGAAGCCGACCGCAAGGCCAAGGCUGAGGCUGAAAAGAAGGCCAAAGAGGAAGCCGAACGCAAGGCCAAGGAAGAAGCCGAGCGCAAGGCAAAGGACGAAGCCGCCCGCAAGGCAAUCGAAGCUGCCGAAAAGGAAGCUGCCGCUCGCAAGGCCAAGGAAGACGCUGCUCGCAAGGCUCAGCAAGAGGCAGAAGCAUUGGCCGCCCGAAAAGCGCAAGAAGAGCAAGAGGAAGCCGAGCGACUUGAGGCCGAGCGACUUGAGGCCGAGCGACUUGAGGCCGAGCGACUCGCCGAAGAAGAGGCUGAGGAAGCUGCACGACAAGCCCGCCUGGCUGCAGAUCGUGAGGAAGAGGAGCGCCUGGCUCAAGAGGAGGCCGAGCGCCGUGAGGAAGCCGAGCGUCACGCGCGCGAGGAGGAAGAGGCACGGUUGCAAUUCGAGGAGGAGGAGCGCCAAGCCAAGCUCGAGUUUGAGCGAAAACUUGCCGAGAAGAAGGCCAAGCAAGAGGCCGAGCGCCAGGCCAAGCAGGAGGCUGAGCGCCAGGCCAGAGAGGAAGCCGAACGCAAGGCCAAGGACGAAGCUGCCCGCAAGGCAAUCGAAGCCGCCGAGAAGGAGGCAGCCGCGCGCAAGGCCAAGGAGGAGGCUGCUCAAAGGGCUCUUGAAGAAGCCGAGCAAAAGGCACAAGCAGAAGCAGCGCGCAAGGCUCAGGCCGCUGCCGACAAGAAGGCAAAGGAGGAGGCGGAGAAGCUCGCCCGCGAGCAAGAGGCUGCGCGUGAGGAGGAACAGCGUCGCCAAGAUUUGCUCGAGCGCGAGGCUGAAAUGCAACGCUGGCAGAAGGAAAGCGACGAGCGCGCCAAGCGUGAGGCCAAGGAGAAGGCUGAGCGCGAGCAACGUGCGGCCGAGAGCCUGGCUGUCGCAGCGGCUGCCAUGCGUGAGGCCCAAGUGAACCGUGGCAGCGUUUAUGGCGGCCUUGGCGUUACCGCUUCCACGAGCUCGGCUGCCGUGUCUUCGCCUGCCAGCAAGGCCACUUCCACCACUGCGUCCACUACGGAUUUGACUCCUGCGUCUCCCUCGCGCAGCAACACUUCGUCCGUUGCGGAUAUUUCGGCACAUGCUGCUGCUGCUGCCGCGACCACGGCGGCGGUGCCACCAUCACCCUCGCCUUCGAGCACAUCCGCACUGUCCCCUGAAGAGCGUGCCCACAAGCUGCUGAGCAAAGGCGACAUUUUCAAAAAGCACGGCCGUUCGGGCAACCCCCACUCUCGAUAUGUCUAUGUCGAGUUUGAGUCGAGCGCAGCAAGCUGCAAGACUGGCAAGCUCGUCUGGACCGAUCCGAAGCAGAUGACCGACGACAAGAAGAAGAAGGACAAGGACAUGGAGACCGUGGCGCUGCAUGAGAUUUACAAGAUUCUUCUCGGGCACAAUACGAAAGUGUUUGAGCGUUCCGGCAAAGAGAAAGAUGCAGGCCGAGCAUUCUCGUUCAUCUGCAAGGACCGCACGCUGGAUCUCGAGGCCGAGUCGGCUGCGACGCGCGAUGCCUUUGUUGACGCAUUCAAUCUCUUGCUUGGACUGAAGUAGAUGAAAUCGUUCCCCGACAAAAGCUCGCUAUUGGUUUUUUAUGAGUGUUUUUUUGUUCUUUGGUUGUCUUUUUAUUGAAAACAAAAUGGU